AGUGUGGAACGCCAAAGUUGAGCCUGCGGAGCCGCGGGCAGUGGCAGUCAGGCCUCCCCACGCGGUGCCACCUGCGGCCCGGCUGUCCUCUGCGCCCCCACUCUCGCCGCGAUGACGCGCUCACUGUUCAAGGGAAACUUUUGGAGCGCAGACAUCCUCAGCACCGUGGGCUACGACAGCAUUAUCCAGCAUCUGAACAACGGCCGCAAGAACUGCAAAGAGUUUGAAGAGUUUCUAAAAGAAAGGGCAGCAGUUGAAGAGAGAUAUGGCAAAGAUCUGCUCAGCCUCUCUAGGAAGAAGCCGUGUGGACAGUCUGAAACCAACACCCUGAAGCGGGCCCUUGAAGUCUUCAAACAGCAAGUAGACAGUGUGGCACAAUGUCACAUUCAGCUUGCACAGAGUUUAAGAGAAGAGGCCAGGAAGAUGGAAGAAUUCAGGGAAAAGCAAAAACUACAACGGAAAAAGACAGAGCUUGUAAUGGAUGCCGUCCAUAAACAAAAGAGCUUACAAUUCAAGAAAACCAUGGAUGCAAAGAAGAACUAUGAGCAGAAAUGCCGGGACAAAGAUGAGGCAGAACAGGCCGUCAGCCGGAGUGCCAACCUGGUGAACCCGAAGCAACAAGAAAAGCUUUUUGUGAAACUGGCAACUUCAAAGACUGCAGUAGAAGACUCCGACAAAGCAUACAUGCUGCACGUCAGCACCCUGGAUAAGGUCCGAGAAGAGUGGCAGAGUGAGCACAUCAAGGCCUGUGAGGCAUUUGAGGCUCAAGAAUGUGAACGAAUAAACUUCUUCCGGAAUGCAUUGUGGUUACAUGUGAAUCAGCUGUCACAACAAUGUGUCACCAGUGAUGAAAUGUACGAACAAGUCCGAAAGAGUUUAGAAAUGUGCAGCAUUCAGAAGGACAUUGAAUACUUUGUGAAUCAACGCAAAACUGGACAGAUUCCACCAGCACCCAUCAUGUAUGAGAAUUUCUACUCCCCCCAGAAGAAUGUAGUCCCACCGGGAAAGGCUACAGGGCCUAACUUGGCAAGGAGAGGACCCCUCCCAAUUCCUAAAACCUCACCAGAUGAUCCUGAUUACUCUUUGGUUGAUGACUACAGUUUGCUCUAUCAGUAACAUCAAUGAAACCAGAGCUUUUUCCGGCAAGUGCUUCUAUGACAUGGAACGGGCACCCAGAGCAGCAGGACCUAUAGCCACGUUAUGUUAGUCAUGAAGACUUUGAAGUGAACCCUUGCUAUAAUUUUUUAGAGAUUUAAAAUUUAUGGUAGACAUUGAGGACAACAUAAGCAAGUAGAGUUCUGCAGUUUUUUGAAGUUUACAAAUUGCCCCAUUCUGAAGAAUUAUUCUUUCCCAGUUACUCAGGUUGUGAAUGAAUUAGGUUUUCAACAUGGGAAGCAUGAAAUCCACUUCGGGAUUUGGAGUGUCCACUUGAGGAGCAGAGGUGGCAGCAGAGGAUUCCGAGCCACCAGCUGCAGUAGUAGCGCCUUUGGCUUUGGGCAGCCUGGCUGUGGAGUUUCCACGGCGACACACAGCCUCAGUGGUGCAAGAUUUAAAAUUAACUUCCUUUUUGGCUGGAAGACUUAGAAGCCAGCUGAUCACACUUUCUCAUUUUACAGAUGAGGAAACAAAGCCUACAAGUGUGAAAUUAAUUUCCUUACAGUUUUCCUAGCUGAUUAGGGACAGAACCAGAACUAGAGCCCAAGCCCAACCCACAUCACCAUUCUUCUAACCCUUCCUGAAGUUGUGAUACUUAUGCUGAAAUUUAAGAUGCCAAAUAUUUUUGCCAGCACUUUUUCAAUUGAGAAAAUCACCAGGGUUUAAAUGUCAGAUUUAUUUUUAUGUGGAUCACUGUGUGUACUGAACUAUAGCGCAUGGUAUUUAAUCUAAUCUAAGGAGCCACUGAUUGUAAAACAUGCCAUUAUUUUAUGUUGCACUAAGAAGGUGGGGUCGAGGAGUUGCCAAUAAAGUUGUGACAGACCAUUGA